AUGUCUUCGAGACAACUUAAGCAGUACACCAGAGAGGAAGUUGCCCAGCAUAACACGCCAGACGACCUGUGGCUUGUCAUAGAUGCCAAGGUUUAUGACGUGACAAAGUUUAAGGGUCUGCAUCCUGGAGGAGCGAGUGUAUUCGUCGCGGACGAUCUGCCUGGCCAAGAUGCCACCGAAGUAUUCUACGGUCUUCACCGUCACGAGGUUCUGGAGAAGCCGCAAUAUGCUCGCCUGCAGAUAGGCACUAUAACUGGCGAGAAGAGUGAGCUGCACAGUCGGAGAACGGGUGAAUUGAGCACCGUACCGUACGGAGAGCCAACCUGGCUUUCACCUGGCUACUUCAGUCCGUAUUACAAGGAGAGCCAUCGGCGCCUGGCCGAUGCAAUUCGCAAGAUAGUAGACGAAAUCAUUUUCCCCGACGCAUUGGCACGGGAGGAGGAUGGCAAGCGACCAAAUGUCGAAAUCAUCAAGAAGCUGGGAGAAUUGAACAUAAACGCCAUGCGUUUGGGUCCUGGAAAACAUUUGAAAGGCCUCACGCUUAUGAACGGUGCUGUGGCACCCGAGGAAUAUGAUUAUUUCCACGAGCUUGUUCUUAAUCAAGAAUUUGGCCGCCUGGGAUUACGAGGAUACCAAGAUGGAUUUAAUGGAGGAAUGGUCAUUGGUCUUCCGCCCGUCAUGAAUUUUGGUAGGCCUGAAUUGCGCGAGCGCAUCAUGAAGGAAGUACUCUCCGGGGAGAAGUACAUCAGCCUUGCAAUAUCUGAGGCAUUCGCCGGCUCUGACGUCUCGGGGUUGAAGACGACAGCGAAGAAAUCUGAGGAUGGCAAAUUUUGGAUUGUUAAUGGUACUAAGAAAUGGAUCACAAAUGGAACCUUUACUGUCGGUUGUAAGACAGAGAAAGGACUCACCGUUAUCCUCGUUGAAAGAGAUGAAGGCGUUGAGACAAAAAGUAUCAAGACAUCAUAUUCCACCACAGCAGGCACAGCUUAUAUCACCUUCGACAAUGUCAAAGUACCCGUUGAAAAUACAUUAGGGCCGGUCGAUGGUGGCGUUUUCGUCAUUCUCAGUAACUUCAAUCACGAACGGUGGGUAAUGGCCUGCGCUUCAGCGCGGAUACAGCGUAAUGUUGUCGAGGAGUGUUUGAAAUGGGUCAAUCAACGUAAGGCAUUUGGGAAGCCUCUCAGCUCGCAAGCUGUCAUUCGCUCGAAACUUGCGGCCAUGAUCGCUCGCACGGAAAGCGUACAGACGUGGGUUGAGAAUAUCACUUACCAGAUGUGCAAUAUGGGUUACAAGCAGCAAGCACAGUCGCUCGCGGGACCGAUCGCACUCCUGAAGAUGUAUGCAACAAAGACUGCACAAGAGACUGCACGAGAUGCAGUGCAAAUCUUUGGUGGACGUGGUAUUACGAGAACAGGCAUGGGUCGAGUGGUUGAACAUUAUCACAGAACCGUGACGUUUGAUUCAAUUUUGGGAGGAGCCGAGGAUGUUCUUGGAGAUCUUGGGGUACGUCAGGCGAUCAGGAACAUGCCGAAGAACGCACGACUUUGA